AUGGCACAAUUAAGCCCCGACUUGCAAAACAAGCUCGAUGAGCUGGAGAAGGAGUUGGAGGAAGGCGACAUCACAGAGAAAGGAUACCAGAAGCGACGAACGCAGCUCCUCUCUCAGUACAUGGGCCCAGGCUCAGCCGGAUUUCCCGCCGCCCCCGAGACCAGAGGCGGGCUGGGUAUACACUCACCAGACAGUUCAAUCCAUCCCUCGAGCGAUGGUCACCGAGCAGCCGCUCUCGCCGCCCUCGGCGGUAGAGAUUCCGAUCCUACGAGCCCGACGUCCCCAACCUCUGGACGACCGCAAUCACCAUACGGAGGCCAUGGAUCCGCGGGGUACGCCUCUCCUGGAUAUACCUCGCCCGGCGACGGCUAUGGCUCGCCCCAGAUGAACCCCGCGGGCCUCCUCAGACCUGGUGGCCCCCUCGCGGAGCACCGGCCGACUAUGAAGCAGCAUGAUUCUCUCUUUUUGGGCAACCCCAACGAAUCGCACACUCGAUCAGGUACUAUGGUUUCGACCGACUACGCCUUCAAUCCCGACCAGCAGGGCGCCUACAUGGACCAGAUGCAAAACCAGUACGAUAGCCGCACCGGCACGAUGUUGGACACGACAGGUUAUUUCUCGGGCUUUACUGGAGGCCAGAAUUUUGACCAGCCUCCACAUGAAGAGUACGGCGGAGGACAUAGGUAUUCCUCCGGCGAGGCCUUCUCGCCCACGGCAGCCAUGGCACCACCCAUGUUGACUGCAAACGAUCUACCUCCACCAGAGUCGCUGGAGUACCAGAUGCCCCUAGAACCUCGCGAUCUCCCGUUUGCCAUCUCCGACCCGCACGACAGCAAUACCCCAAUGUCAAAGUUUGAUAAUAUCGCCGCUGUCUUGAGGCACCGGGGCAAGACGACAGCAAAACUUCCCGCGUACUGGGUACUGGACAGCAAAGGCAAAGAAAUUGCCUCCAUUACGUGGGACAAGCUCGCGUCAAGAGCCGAGAAGGUCGCACAAGUCAUCCGAGACAAGAGCUCGCUCUACAGGGGAGACCGAGUUGCGCUUAUUUACCGUGACACGGAAGUCAUCGAUUUUGCGAUCGCUCUGCUGGGCUGUUUCAUCGCCGGUGUCGUGGCGGUCCCCAUCAAUGACUUGCAGGACUACCAGAAAUUGAACCUGAUUCUCACGUCGACUCAGGCGCAUUUGGCUCUCACCACGGACAACAAUCUGAAGACAUUCCAGCGCGACAUAACAACGCAGAAACUGAAUUGGCCCAAGGGUGUUGAGUGGUGGAAGACGAACGAGUUUGGCAGUUUCCACCCGAAACGCAAAGAUGAUGUUCCGCCUCUGACGGUCCCGGACCUUGCCUACAUUGAAUUUUCAAGGGCCCCUACUGGUGAUCUCAGAGGUGUUGUGCUCAGUCACCGGACUAUCAUGCACCAAAUGGCAUGCUUGAGCGCAAUUGUGUCUACGGUGCCUGGAAAUGGGCCGGGUGAUACCUUCAACCGCACUCUGCGAGACAAGAAUGGCCGGCUCAUCGGUGCCGGAGCCACAAGCGAGACAUUACUGUCGUAUCUGGAUCCCAGACAGGGCAUCGGUAUGAUUUUGGGUGUUCUCCUCACUGUUUACGGAGGACACACCACCGUUUGGCUCGAGAACAAGGCUGUUGAGGUUGCCGGACUUUACGCCCACCUCAUUACCAAGUACAAGGCAACCCUCAUGAUCGCGGAUUACCCCGGUCUCAAGCGCGCCGCCUACAACUACCAACAAGAUCCCAUGACGACGAGAAACUUCAAGAAGGGCAUGGAGCCCAACUUCCAAACCGUCAAGCUCUGUCUGAUCGAUACUCUGACGGUCGAUAGCGAGUUCCACGAGGUCUUGGCAGACAGAUGGCUGAGGCCUCUGCGUAACCCCCGCGCUCGUGAGGUUGUUGCGCCAAUGCUCUGCCUGCCAGAACAUGGCGGCAUGGUUGUCAGUAUCCGUGAUUGGCUCGGAGGCGAAGAGCGAAUGGGAUGUCCUUUGAAACUUGACAUGGGUAGCGACGUUGAAUCAGAUGUGGAAGAAAAGGAAGAAGUAAAACCGGCACCUUCCAACGGCUUCGGCAGUCUCCUUGGGGGUGGCGGCACUGCUACUACCGAACAGCGCGCUAAGAACGAGCUCAGUGAGGUACUUUUAGACCGAGAGGCCCUCAAAACGAACGAAGUCGUAGUUCUCGCGAUCGGAGACGAGGCUCGGAAGCGGGCAACCAGCGAGCUAGGAGCCGUUCGUGUGGGUGCAUUUGGUUAUCCGAUACCCGAUGCCACGUUAGCCGUCGUCGAUCCCGAGACCGGCUUGCUGGCAUCACCACAUGCGGUUGGAGAACUUUGGGUCGAUUCGCCUUCACUGUCGGGCGGUUUCUGGGCUCUUCCUAAGCAUACUGAGCAAAUAUUCCACGCCCGUCCGUACAAGUUCGACCCAGGUGAGCCGACACCGACGCCUGUGGAACCCGAGUUUCUGAGAACCGGCUUGCUUGGUACGGUGAUUGAGGGCAAGAUCUUCGUCCUUGGCUUGUACGAGGACCGAAUCCGCCAAAAGGUCGAAUGGGUUGAGCACGGUACCGAAGUCGCGGAGCAUCGCUACUUCUUCGUGCAGCAUCUCGUCGUCAGCAUUGUCAAAAACGUACCCAAGAUCUACGACUGCUCGGCUUUCGACGUCUUUGUAAACGAAGAGCAUCUACCCAUCGUAGUGCUUGAAUCACCAGCAGCGUCAACAGCCCCUCUCACCUCAGGAGGGCCUCCGAGGCAACUCGACACAGCACUGCUUGAUUCUCUCGCUGAGAGAUGCAUGGAUGUCCUGAUGCAGGAGCAUCACUUGAGGCUGUACUGCGUUAUGAUUACGGCUCCUAAUUCUCUCCCUAGAGUGGUGAAGAACGGACGCAGAGAUAUCGGUAACAUGCUUUGCAGGCGGGAAUUCGACCUGGGCAACUUGCCCUGCGUCCAUGUCAAGUUCGGCGUUGAACACGCCGUCCUCAACCUGCCAAUUGGUGUUGAUCCAAUCGGAGGCAUCUGGUCGCCGAUCUCAUCCGACUCUCGCGCCGAUAUCCUCAUGUCCGCCGACAAGCAAUACUCUGGUAUCGACAGAAGAGAAGUUGUUAUUGACGAUCGCACAUCCACACCAUUGAACAACUUCGGUUGCAUCACCGACCUCAUCCAAUGGCGUGUCGCCCGGCAACCCGAAGAGCUCGCUUACUGCACUAUAGAUGGUCGUGGCAGGGAGGGCAAGGGCGUUACUUGGAAGAAAUUCGACACGAAGGUUGCAGCUGUGGCGUUGUACCUGAAGAAUAAGGUCAAGGUCCGCCCAGGCGACCAUCUCAUCCUCAUGUACACACACUCCGAAGAGUUCGUCUUUGCGGUUCACGCCUGUAUCAACCUUGGAGCGGUGGUCAUCCCGAUGGCUCCUCUUGAUCAGAACCGUCUGAACGAGGACGUUCCAGCGUUCUUGCAUGUUGUUGCUGACUUCCGCGUCAAGGCUGUCCUGGUCAACCAAGAUGUCGACCAUCUCGUCAAGCUCAAGCCUGUUGCGAACCAUAUCAAGCAGGCCGCGUCCAUUUUGAAGACACCGAUACCCCACUACUACAACACGACCAAGCCGCCUAAGCAGAGCAGCGGUUUGAGAGACAACGGCAUCAUGAUGCAACCCGCCUGGAUCCAGUCGGGUUAUGCUGUCAUCAUUUGGACAUAUUGGACGCCUGACCAGCGCCGUAUUGCGGUUCAACUCGGCCACGAUACAAUUCUGGGCAUGUGCAAGGUCCAGAAGGAGACGUGCCAGAUGACAAGCUCGCGCCCUGUUCUUGGGUGCGUUCGCAGCACCACUGGUCUCGGAUUUAUCCACUCGUGCCUGAUGGGUAUCUACAUCGGAACACCGACGUACCUCCUUUCACCUGUCGAGUUCGCCCAAAAUCCCAUGUCACUAUUCGUCACGCUUUCGAGGUACAAGAUAAAGGACACCUACGCUACCCCGCAAAUGCUGGACCAUGCCAUGGCCAUGAUGCAGGGCAAGGGUUUCACCCUCCAUGAGCUCAAGAACAUGAUGAUCUCGGCCGAGAGUCGGCCACGCGUGGACGUGUUCCAGAAGGUACGGCUUCACUUCGCCGCUACCGGCCUCGACAGAACCGCCAUCAACACUGUUUACUCGCAUGUACUUAACCCUAUGAUCGCGUCGAGAUCAUACAUGUGCAUCGAACCUAUCGAGCUCGGGUUGGACACCAAGGCUCUGCGUCGUGGAUUGAUCUACCCCGUGGAUCCCGAACAAGACUCCAAGGCUUUGCUCCUUCAGGAUUCCGGCAUGGUCCCUGUAUCAACACAAAUUGCCAUCGUCAAUCCCGAGAGCCGACUACUCUGCCACGAUGGCGAGUACGGUGAAAUCUGGGUGGACUCGGAGGCUUGCGUUAAGAGCUUCUAUGGCUCCAAGGACAUUUUUGACGCCGAGCGUUUCGACGGCCGGACAGUGGAUGGUGAUCCGAGCAUUCAGUACGUUCGUACUGGUGACCUGGGUUUCCUGCAUAACGUGAGCAGGCCUAUUGGUCCUGGAGGUGCGCAGGUUGAUAUGCAGGUCUUGUUCGUUCUCGGCAAUAUCGGUGAAACAUUCGAGAUUAACGGUUUGAGUCACUUCCCCAUGGACAUUGAAGCAUCUGUGGAACGAUGCCACCGAAACAUUGUCAGCGGUGGAUGUGCCGUCUUCCAAGCCGGUGGUCUCGUUGUCGUACUCGCCGAAAUUACCCGCAAGGCGUAUCUCGGUUCCGUCGUCCCAGUCAUCGUCAACGCCAUCCUCAACGAGCAUCAAAUCAUUGUCGACAUCGUAGCCUUUGUCAACAAGGGCGACUUCCCCCGAUCCCGCCUCGGCGAGAAGCAACGCGGCAAGAUCCUCGCCGGAUGGGUUACCCGUAAGAUGCGUACCCUAGCGCAGUUUGCCAUUCGGGACAUGGAUCCUGCAAGCAUGGGAGGCGACCCUGGCGUUCAGGACGGACCAGAUCCGCACCGCGCUUCUAUCGGCAGUCAACGCAGUAUGGGUGGCCUGGCGCCUGGCUCCUCCAGCCUUCGCAACGUCGAGCACGCACCACAGAUUCUGGAGCAGGAAGAGUUCGACCAGCAGCACGGACACAUGGCUGCCCUGCCUUCCCAGGGCCAAAUCGCAGAGAUGCCAGGCGACGAAGGUACACUGUACCAGGGUCAAGCCAGCGCGCAGCAAGGUCACGGGUACGACCUGCCUGACUUCAACCAAUUCGGUGGUUACGAGGGACCGCCGCCAGUUGGAGCGAAGCCGGGGUCGAGAGCAGGACCGGGAGGACCGCCACCUCAGAUCAAUCUUCCCGGCGUCGACGGACGUGAAAGCAUGGAUCUGUGGAAGAGCAAGGACGGCGGCCAAGACGACGACUGGACUGCUCAAGCAUUGAUGCACAUGAACCUUGCCAGUGAUUUGGAAAAGAGGCAUUGA